AUGAUAAUGGAGAUGCAAUUUCCCCCAGCAACCUGUCGUGCCUUAGUCCUCAGCGCAAUCAAAGAAACCCUUCUCCUCGAAACCCGACCUACCCCGCAAGCAACUUCGGGAAGCGCUGUCACCAAGAUCCUGGCAGCCGCAGUGCUUUACUACUCCCGAGACAUCUACAAUGGCACCCACAAAUAUGAACUUGCAACUCCAUCGGUACCAGGCAGUGGUGCCAUUGGGCGUGUCGCAGCCAUAGGCCCUGAUGCUACUAGGCUUCAAGUAGGCGACCUUGUUUUCAUUGACAUCUAUAUUCGCGGACGCGACGACUACAGUGUCGGUGCCUUGUCUGAGAAUUGUUUCUCGCUAAACGAGAAGCGGCUACUUGGAUCAACGGCAGAUGGCGGACUCGGAUACACGAUUGAUGACCUACUAUAUGUUGCUGUUCAACUGGUUCCCUUCGGUGGCCUCCGCAGUAUUGGUCUGGCUGUCUGCGACAAAAUCAUUAUAAGUCCUGCAAUAGGAGCAUUUGGAAGUGCUGCUGUGCAGGUGGCUCUAGCUAUGGGGGCUAGCGUUAUCGCAAUGUGCAGAAAUAAGGAGGCUCUCAAGAAUCUCAAGUUAUCGUUGUCUCCCGAUGGUAGCGACGAUCACAUUCAGCUAAUCCAAAUCACGAACGACCUUCAACAGGAGGUCGAGGCUCCCGCGAAAUUGGGCCCCGCCGACGCCUUCUUCGAUACCUCCCCCAAGUUUGCAGCCGGUUCAUCGCAUAUCAAAAGUGCGAUUAUGUCUCUCAGGCACCGUGGUAGAAUUUGUCUAAUGGGUGGUGCUAUUGGAGAUAUGGAGAUCCCCGCCUCUCCCGUGGUGCGCCGAAAUCUCACUAUCAAGGGAAAGUGGAUGUAUGAGCGAGAUGAUAUCAUCAAGUUGAUUCAAAUGGUUGGGUCAGGGGUUACUGAAAUUAGGAAGGGAAGCUGGCUGUCAGAUAGUUGGCAGAUUUUCUAUGGAAAAAUGGAAGGAAGCAUUCGGUGCUGCGGCAGAACAUGCUGGUCCAGGAGAAAGAGUUUCAAUUAUCCCUGA